AUGGAGUCAAUCCUUCAAAAGAGGAAAGCAGGGGUUAUUUCAAAAACUAUUAAAGCAAAUGUUAGUCAUCAGAAUAUUGCUACUGACAAUGAUUCUCAGUCUACUAAGAACCAAUAUGCAGAAGUUCUAAAUGUCAUAAGAUCAGAUCCAUUUGUUAAUCAACUUGCAAUUACUGAAGACAUUACUGUUGUUGAAGAAUUGUAUGAACAAAAUCCUGACCCUCGCACAAAUCAGAUUUCAAUAUACUUGGAUGACGGAGAUGCUAUAUAUCAAUAUGAACAUUGCAAAGCAAAAAUAUGGUUUCCUGAGCGACUAAAGCGUGCAUCAACUAAAUCCAAUUCUAUCUUUUCAAUGUGCUACUGUCAUGGUAAAGUUCAAGUUCAAAACUUUAAAGACACACCAAUAGAGCUACAGAAGCUUUGGUUUAACAAAGAUUUUCCAUAUUUCAAAUCCUUUCAUAAGAAUAUCAGAUCAUAUAACAAUAUGUUUUGUUUCACUUCAAUGAGGGGUCAGAUUAAUCAUGAUUUAAACAAUGGUGGAGGACCUUACACUUUUGUUCUUACUGGCCAAAAUUACCAUCGUCUAGGAAGUCUUGUACCCUUACUUGGUGCUUCUCCAGUUUAUUCACAGCUGUAUAUCUAUGAUACAGAUAAUGAAAUUACAAAUAGAAUUAAUACUGUGAGUAAAAAUUCAAGACAGGAUAAACUCGAUCCAUUCAUAGUUUCUUACAUCAAACAAAUUUUAGAUUCAAAAAAUGCUUUGGUUAAGAAGUACAGAAUGGCAAGAGAUGUAUUGAAAGAUUUUCUGGAAGCUGAAGUUAAAAUAGCAUUAAUAAGACAAGACAAUAUACAAGCAAGGAAUUACUCAUUGCCAGUUACUUCAAAAGUUGCAGCUCUUGUAGUUGGAGACUUUGAUGAGAACAACAAGAAACAUGAUAUAAUAGUUGAAAAAUAUGGGCAAUUGAAAAGAAUAGAUGAGAUUCAUAAGUCCUAUCUCCCUUUAUUGUUUCCUUUUGGAGAUAAUGGCUAUAGUCCUCACAUUCAACGUAGUGAAGAAAACGUAGCAAACACUUUAAAGAAAAAGACUCUCUCAAUAAGAGAGUAUUUGUGCUAUAGACUGAUGGACAGAGACAAUGAAAUUUCACUGCUACUUCAUGGUGGGAAGCUCUUACAAUAG